GCCGCCGCCAGCCCGCCGCCGCGCCGCGCCCAGCCGUCCGCUGCCCCGCCGCCGGUACAGGGGCUCAGCAGCGCCUCCCUCCGCCGAGCAGCCGCUCCCAGCAGCAGCGCCUCCCUCUCUGGAGCAGGCGCUCUCUCCCAGUAACGCCGCCGACCGGAGCCACGCCGGCGACCAGUCCAUAGACAGGUUAAGGCUUCUGUACAGGUAUGGGAGAGACCUACGAUCCACUUCUUGGGACCUUGGUUGUGCAAGGAACUGUCUUCCAUCGGCUUGGGGCCAUGUUAACGUGCUCCCAGGGCCGUAUGUCUUCGAUUUGGCGACGGGUGGAACCUUUGGUCUUCGUUGUAACAGCUGUUAGUUUGGGUUGGGCAGCAUGGAGGUACUAUGAUCGUAAAGCGGCUCUGCGCACCUAUGGGCGCCACAUGACCGGCAAGGCAGUUGGACUGGUUGUCGGCCGUGACGACGAGAUCGACCGCGUUAUCUCCAUUCUAUGCCGGAAGACCAAGAACUGCGCCGCGCUGGUCGGACCUGCGGGGGUUGGCAAGACGGCCAUCGCCGAGGGCCUCGCGCAGCGCAUCGCUACCGGCAAGGUACCUGCAGCGCUCGCCGGGGCACGCGUUGUGGAGGUCGACCUUGGGGCCAUGGUCGCAGGAACCAAGUACCGAGGUAUGUUUGAGGAGCGGAUGAAGAGCGUGAUCAAGCAGGCGGAGAAUGCGGGCGGCAAGAUAAUUCUCUUCAUCGAUGAGAUGCACACGCUUCUUGGUGCUGGAGGUGCUGGUGGCCGUGGAGUUACUGAUGCUUCCAGCAUGUUGAAGCCGGCGUUAGCCCGUGGUCGUAUCCGCUGCGUGGGCGCGACGACUUUUGAUGGUUACCGUAAUUACAUUGAGAAGGAUCCUGCACUCGAGCGGCGAUUCCAGAAGGUACACAUCGAGGAGCCAAGCACGCAGGCGACAGUUGGCAUUCUGCGGGGGCUAAAGCAGCAGUAUGAACAGCACCAUGGCCUGGAAAUCCAAGAUGCUGCUCUUGUUGCUGCUGCACAGCUUGCUGGCCGCUACAUCACUGGUCGUCAAUUUCCGGAUAAGGCUAUUGAUCUGAUUGAUGAGGCAUGCAGUGCCACAAUAAAAAGGUUGAUUCAGAUUGACAACCAAGCAGAGGAAUUGAAUGCAAAGCAAAGUCGCUCUGCAAAUCCAGUGAAGGGAGCAACUGUUGUACCAAAUGAUGUUGCACAAGUUGUGAGCCUAUGGACUGGAAUUCCUGUCUGUACACUUGAGGAAGAGGACAAGGAUAAGUUAAUCCACCUAGCAGACAGGCUGCAUGAGCGAGUUGUUGGCCAGAAUGAAGCGGUAAAUGUGGUCGCCGAAGCAGUGUUGCGUUCUAGGGCUGGCCUUAAUCAUCCCGGCCAACCCAUAGGAUCUUUCCUCUUCUUGGGCUCAACCGGUGUUGGAAAGACAGAGCUUGCAAAAGCUCUUGCUGAGCAGCUAUUCGCAAGUGAGAAGAUGUUGGUUCGCUUUGACAUGUCUGAAUAUGUUGGCAGUGGAUCUGUUUUGCGUCUCGUUGGAGCACCCCCAAGCCAUCAGGGCUGUGAUGAUGGUGGGCAACUAACUGAGAAGGUUAGGAGGCGCCCAUACAGUGUCAUCCUUUUCGAUGAGGUGGAGAAGGCGGAUCCCUCGGUGUUGAACAUCUUUAUUCAACUUCUUGAUGAUGGUGUGUUGACCGAUGGUAAAGGGCGGACAGUAAAUUUCAAGAAUACCAUCAUCAUUAUGACCUCAAAUCUAGGAGCAGAGCACCUCACGGCAGGAAUGGCCGGAGAAAUCACAAUGGAUGCGGCACGUGACCUUUUGAUGAAACAGGUUCAGAAACACUUCAAGCCUGAGUUACUCAACAGGCUGAGUGAGAUUGUGGUAUUUGAGCCGCUUUUGCAUGACAAAUUGAAGGAGAUUGUGAAAAUCCAAAUGAAGAGCAUCAUUUCCAGGGUAGCUGACAAGGGCAUCUCUCUUUUUGCAAGUGAUGCCGUGCUGGAUGUCAUUUUAUCGGAAUCAUACAACCCAAUGUAUGGUGCAAGGCCUAUAAGGAGAUGGUUGCAGAAGAAUGUGAUGAUUAAGCUGUCCCAAAUGCUAGUCAAAGGUGAAGCCAGUGAAGGCUCGACAAUUUCCAUUGAUGCUACGGAUGACAAGAAGAAGCUCAAGUUUGAAGUAGUGAAGAAGGUCGAGGAGUGAUUGCGACACCGACAGCGGUGAUGUGGCUGGGGCCAGUCCCAUAAAGCAUCCUCGUGAUCCUGCGUUCAAGACCUUGUAAUGAGAGUUAUUUUGAUGACUGCACUUCAGUUGUGCCUUUCUUUGUAUACUACCUCCAGCUAAUACUAAUUAGAUGUAUAUAUACUAGCUAUGUAAUUGGAACAGCAGUUGCAGGCAUGGAGCAACCGAGUUAGUAAUUUAAUUCUUCCAUGUUUUGAUCCUGUACAAGAUUUUGCAAUGUAACAGUAUCUCCGUUGGAUAAUUUGUUCGUUACUAAAUUUUAAUAACCA